AUGACUCUGAAGCGACUGGAUGGCGAGGAUGAGACUGAUUGGGAGGAAGGAGCAGGAGGGGAAGUGGGUGCUGUUGCUGCUGCUGAUGGUGGUGAUGGCGGACUGGGUGGCGUCCUGAGGAGGAGGGAAGGGGGAAGGGGAGCAGUGGGGCGGGGAGCAGUGGGGCGGGGAGCAGUGGGGCGGGGAGCAGUGGGGCGGGGAGCAGUGGGGCAGGGGAGCAGUGGGGCGGGGAGCAGUGGGGCAGGGGAGCAGUGGGGCGGGGAGCAGUGGGGCGGGGAGCAGUGGGGCGGGGAGAGUGACAUUUCAGUCAGUGGUGGUGUCUGGCCACCAGGCCCCCUCUUUCAGUCCGGUUGA